AGCUUGGAGGAGGUUUCACAGAGCAAAGAGUUGUCAGGCAGGCUAGAAGCCUUGUUGAGUCGUGCCUAUAAUCUUCAGGAAGAGUUUGGCACCAGCAUUCCCCAAGAUAACAUGUUGAUGGAUCUAGAAGGAGCAUUGAUGUUUCCUCAUCUGGAAGCAAAGAGGAUGUUGCAGAUGGAUGAUGAGAUCAGCACCAUAUCCGAUGACUCCUUUUUCUCAGCUGCUGAGCUGUUUGACACUUUACAACUGAACGAGGGCCCCUUUAUUCCUCAAAAGCCUGCUGCAGCAUAUGAAGAAGCACUAAAAUUGGUACAUGCAGGAGAAGUGGCUUGCAGGACAAUAAGAACGGAGCUGCUGGGUUGUUAUAAUGACCAGGACUUUUUGGCAAAAUUGCACUGUGUCCGUCAGGCUUUUCAGCAAUUACUUCAGGAUGACGGGAACCAGUUGUUCUUUGGUGAAGUCGGGAAACAAAUGGUGACAGGACUGAUUGUCAGAGCUGAGAAGGUAUUGUAUAAA